AAAAUAAACGCCAGCAGGUUGAUCAUAGCCUAGCAUAGUUUAGCUUAGCUUAGCAUAGCUGUUACAGGGUUUUGUCUCAAAAUGUGGGGAUUGUCUGAAAACUGUGCGUGAAGGUGAUUUUAUAAAUCAGUCGAAUUGUUUAUUCAGUGCACGAUUUAUUAGGUGACAGUGACAGGAAAAAAAUAACAUCCGUUCAACUUCAUUGUAUCAGCGAUGCUAGCUUAGCUUGUCAUGCUACCUGGUAAAACAAGCCAGCUAGUCGCAUAGCUUACUGCGUUGCUAUGGUAUCAAAGAGAUAAAAUAAUGUCGAGCCGUCGCGGAAGUUAUGAUAGGAGGAAGCUGUAGGGAUGAAGUAGAUAUCGUGUUUUUCUGUGUUCUUCUCUAGCGGUGUGUUGUUAUAUCGAGUGAAGCUGGAGGCGAGAGUCAGGCACCGCGUGUGCAGAAUCCAGUCCUGAUUUCCAGGAAAUCCCAUCAUCCUGCGUCUCCGUCCUCGUGGCGCAGAGUGAUGACAUCACAGCGGCCGAGGCAUGCCACCCGUGCUCUUCCCGCUCCACAGAGCUCCUCUUCGAGGAGCUCGCGCUCAGGACCCUCGACUUCACAAGGUGCGUCCCAAUCUGCGCCGUCUUCCUCCCGCUCGCACCACACCUGGCCGGAGGAGGCGGUGUACGACGCAUAUGGUCUGUACUCACUGCACCGCAUGUUCGACAUCGUCGGCACUCACCUCACACACCGCGACGUGCGCGUCCUCUCCUUCCUGUCCGUGGACGUCAUUGACGAGUACGAGCGCGGCGGAAUACGGGAUGGGCGUGACUUCCUGCUGGCUCUGGAGAGACAGGGGCGCUGCGACGAGACCAACUUCCGGCACAUUCUGCAGCUGCUACGCAUCAUCACCAGACAUGACCUUCUGCCUUACGUCACACUGCGCAAGAGACAGACAGUGUGUCCAGACCCGGUGGAUCAGUACUUAGAGGAGACGUCUGUGCGCUACAUUGUUCCUCGAGGAAGCAGAACAGAGAGUCCACAGGUCACACCACACAGAUGCGCAGGUCCACAUCCUGUGCUUCAUUGCCCCUCUCCUGCGGUGUGUCAGCCCCGCCCUAAACCGGCCACGCCCACCCCAAACAGAAAGAGGAAGAGAGCUCAUAGUGUAGCGGACUGCCGGGAGAAACAGACCUGCGAUAUCCGUCUGCGUGUGCGAGCGGAGUACUGCCAGCACGACUCGGCCCUCCAGGGCAACGUCUUCUCUAACAAGCAGGAGGCUCUGGAGCGCCAGUUCGAACGCUUCAACCAGGCCAACACCAUCCUGAAAUCGCGUGACCUCGGGUCCAUCAUCUGUGACAUCAAAUUCUCAGAGCUCACCUACCUGGACGCCUUCUGGCGCGACUACAUCAACGGCUCGCUGCUGGAAGCGCUAAAGGGCGUGUUUAUCACAGACUCGCUGAAGCAGGCCGUCGGCCACGAGGCCAUCAAACUGCUCGUCAACGUCGACGAGGAGGACUACCAGGCGGGCAGGAGGAAGCUCCUGAGGAACCUGAUGAUGGGGGGAGGGGCAGGGACAGGGCUGGGGUCAGGGGUGGCUGGCCAGGGGGCGGGGACUUCAUAAUGGCGAAGUGAAAUUUUGAUUUGUGGAGUGUGGGCGGAGCCUGCUCGAGUUAAAAGGACCUGACAAACAGAUCACGGAGAAAGGAGGAGAGAGAUGGACCGAGAGCAUCUGGGAAAGCGGGUUUUUAAAGCUUUUCGGUUCAUAACGUGUGAUGAUAUUAUAUUGAGACACCAGGAACGUGGAGUUUAGAUUUGCUAUCAACGUGCCAACUAAUACAGCUGUUCAGAUACAUUUGAAAUUGAUCAGUUAGUCUAAUACUGAAACGUAAAUGUAGUCGAUCGGCUAAGACGAGUUUUCUGCUUCUUCAGUUGUGCCUUGGAGCUACGAAGCUAGUGUAGCUAAUAAGCUGAAGGAGGUUUUCUCACCCAGAAUGUUUUCUGCGAAUACACUCUCAAAUUUUAAAGCAAAGGAAUUUCUAAUGAAAUGCAGGAACAUAUCAAAUUAAAUGAUUCCUGGCAUUCAAGAUGGCUGCCCUCGUAAUGUUCCAGUGUCCAGUGUUUUGAAGGAGACAUGAUCUCGCAGUAUCAUCGAGUCUGUGUGGGACAGACCUUUUGUGUGCGACACUGCAUUAGCAUCGUAGCUCCAUGUUGAAGACUGAGAACACCGCUUUAGCUGAUCGACUGCGUUUCAGGGAAAAGCGUAAACGUCUUAAACUUUUCCUUAUAAUGCCAAAUUGCUCCCUUAAAGCGAGUGCUCCCUUUUGGUGAAAACUAGAGCUCCUUCCCAAAUGGAGCUCAAAUCCCAGACUAUCCCACACCUCCUCCUUUCUUUCCUCAUCCAUCUCUCUGUCUCUCUCUCUCUCUCUCUCUCUCUCUCAUACUGUCUGUUUAACCCCUGUAAGAAGUAUAAAAACGUUCAUUUGGAGAAGAUCUGCAGAAAUUGUUCUAGAAGACUCCAAGACUGAUGAAGUGGAAGAAAAAAAAAGUUGAUUUUGUACGAUUUUCCUAUCGGAAUUAAACACCGUUACAAAACGUGGUAUCUAUUAUAUAGGCUGUAUGUUCUGGUGAUGUUUUUGAGUGCUUGUCCAUUAAACCUGCAUGUCGACGAUUCGCUAACCUCACACGGCGAGCGAGGCAUGUGCCGAUAAUCCAUUCCAGCACGCCUCGCCACGUUCCUCACGCACCGACGGUGUUGUGGUGGGCCGCUGCGUCACGUCUGGGCGUGUCCGGGAGUUUGCGACCCAUAAUUACAUGUAUUAUGGCAUUUUGGAGUGGAGUACUUUUAUAAAACAGUAUUGUGAUGUAAACAGGAGGAAAUGCUGCGUAUAAAGGAAAAUCUCGGCACAUGAGCAGAUAAACGCGCAGUGUUCACUAGACUUCAGAUCUCCUUAAAAGGUUUUUUCUACAGCAUUUGCAGAUCACCAUUGCUGGUAAAACGGACACGCGGCGAGUGCGUCGGUCCCUCUGCGUCAUCGGAGCCCUUCCUGUUGCCUGUGAUUACAGCGGUAUACGGUAUAAUAAAACGUCAGCUUGCUCUCAGAUCCGCUACCUGGUGUCCCUUUGAAGGUCAGUUCUCUGAACGGAAGCUGAACAGAACUAAGCAUUAAAUACACCAAAAAUCCUACUGGAUCAAGCUGAAGGCUGCGUAUCUCCAGAACCAAGAAGGAUGACGGGGGGAUCGGCGCGCUCCUCCACACCGGCGCAGUUCGUUUCUCUGUAUGGAGUGUUUCACAUCCUGUAAGGACGUCAUUCUCGAUCCCAAUAAAGUGGUGCGAUAUGACAAUUUCUUUUCUUUUUUUUUUUUGUUGAUGAUGAAGAUUUCCGGUUCCCACGGCGACGAUUGUGUUCAGUGAUGCGUCUACGUGCGUAGUAGCUGACUGACUAAUUAAGUGUACAAACCAAUAAAAGAGAUUGAUAAAAGA